AUGUUGUCUUUCGUCACGCCGAAGAAGAGGAAGGAUGCCCACAACGCGAGUCCACAGUUUCUGAGUAAGGGUAAAGUUCGCGUCGUCGAACACCCUGGAGGAGACUGUACGCAAAACCAGAUUUCGCCCCGCAAGCCUUUUGGACUCCUUUCGAAUUUGCCGAGCAAUCUUGGUUUAUUGAGUUUCCGAGGUGGAGGGGUGAAAAUCCUCUCCGUCUUCCGCAAUGGCAAAGACAUUCCGUCCCGACCCUCGCCGCCUUCAAGCUUUACGGGAGGUAAUAUUGUGCCGUUCCGUUCUCGGUCAACUGCUCCUUCUUCCAUUGCGUCGUCCGGACCGGUACCGUCAAGUGCUCCCAAGUCCGGUGAAACACAUCAAGGAGGCGACAAACGGAACGCACUCUUGUCAACAGGGGUUACGGCUGCUUUUGGGGCAAUGUCUAAGCGGGUUGGGCCGGACACGCCGCAUUUCUCACGCAAGGAUGGGCCAAGGAUUGCUUCUCCAUCGAUCGCAACGGUGGAAAAAGCAGUUGCUACUAAGAUCUUCUUGGAGUCGCACUUCAACCAUCUGCUCAGCACAGAUGUGACACCUCGAUCUAUGCGGCGAAGAAACAUGGAGCGCAAUCUCCCCACAUUGGGUCUCUCCCGCGAGCAGCAACAUCGUCGGAGACAGGAAUGGUACGCCAAUGAGAGUUAUAACCUGCGAGAAAUGCGGGUUUUGAAAUCGAGAACCCUGGCCCGUCAGAAAAUGAAAGCGGUCGCUAUGUCAAACUUCGAGAUUCUGAGGGUGCUUGGUAAAGGAAGCUUUGGUGUAGUUAGACUUGUCCGUGAGAAGAGCGAUCCUACCGGUGAGUCGACCAUUGGCGCAUGCGAGCACUGGGGUGGUUACGAUGGUCCUCCGAGCAUCCGGAAGCACCCAAGAUUCGCAACGCAAAAGAAAGAGAAGCGCGUCUAUGCGAUGAAAGUCAUCCGGAAGUCUGACAUGCUCCGUAAUAGUCAAGAAGGCCAUCUCCGAGCUGAAAGAGAUUUCCUCGUCGCUUCAGAAAAUUCACGAUGGGUCGUUCCUCUAAUUGCCAGUUUUCAGGACAACCACAAUCUGUACCUCGUGAUGGAGUACCAGUACGUCGCCGAAAUGAUACUUUGCAUUGAAGAAACGCACAAGAUGAACUGGAUCCACCGCGAUGUCAAACCGGACAACUUCCUUAUAUCUGCUUCCGGGCACCUCAAAAUUUCCGACUUUGGACUAUCCUUCGAUGGACAUUGGAUCCACAAUCAAACAUACUACAAUGAGCACCGCUACAGCCUGAUUCGCCAACUUGGUCUCAUCUCCACCGUGCGCGGAGACGAACAGGAUUGUGCAGAGGAGCAGGAGAAGCAGGAGUCAAAGCCGACCGUGAACUUGGUUGACCGGGGACACACUGGAAGAGAACAAUUUCAACCUGGGAUAGGCGAGGUGAACGGCCCGGUUCUUGACUGGUUAAAUCGAACGCAAAGACGCCAGCUCGCAAGAAGUGUCGUCGGCACUAGCCAAUACAUGGCACCAGAGUGGAGCAUCGGCAUUAUUCUCUAUGAGGUCCGACAACGAUACGCUCGGCCAAGGUCUGAUUGUUCUGCCCUCAUGCCGGUAUCUUUCUAUGCCAUGGAUCUUAUCAUGAGGCUUUUGGAGUCCAAAGAGGAAAGGCUAUCAUGCAAACGUUACAGGGAGAAUGACCAAACCAUGCUGAAUAAGGCUCUACGGACACGAACGAUCUGGAACUUACACACUUGCCAGCUGGUUUUCCCGAACGACGCGGAGGAUAUCAAGCGCCACCCCUUCUUUCGCAAUAUCCAGUGGUCCAUCUUGCACCUGACACGUCCACCGUUUAUUCCCCGCAUUUACGGAAAUCAGCCCAUCGAUAAAUUCUUUGACGACGAAGCGGAUAUCUUGAGUGGAUCCGACCACCUCGACUCGUCAAGCUUGGAAAUUUCUAGGAAAUCGCAAGCUCUCAAUGAAAAAAGCUUCUCUACAACCACUCCUGUAGAUUGUGCAAGUAAUCACCCAAGCCCGGUGAUCCAAGUAUUGGAAAAGGCAGCGGGAGAUGUCAAGCGUCAAGAGAAAGAAAACCGGGCCCGAGACAAACUCCUCCGGGAUCCGCAAGUAGGCCGCACUGUGCUAGAGAUCAGAAAGAGAGGCGCCUUCAUAGGGUACACCUACCGUAGACCACAGUCCACGCUGGCCGCAUAG